AUGUGCAAUAUAUAUUUUUUAUCAAAACACCAUUUAGCACUUAAUAUUUUUUCUGAUCUUUGUAAUUUAGUAAAUUUUACACAUUUAAAUUAUAAUGAAAUUACUUAUUACAAUCCACCUUGUACUCUUGAACCACCUUGUCUUUACUUAGAAGAAAACAAUAACUUGGAAUCUACUAAUAAGAAAAAUUAUGUUACUUACCAAAAUUCUGUUGCUAGACAUGAAAUAUUAGAAUUAAUUGCAUAUAUAGUUGAGAAAGAUACUAUUUCAGAAAUUAAUAACUCAUUAUUUUGGAGCAUUCUUCUUGAUGAAUCUAAUACAAUUACUAAUGAAAAAACUCUUGCAAUUGUAUCAAAGUAUUUUGCUAAUAAUAUUUUAGUAAUACGUUAUAUUAAAAUGAUUUUAUUAAAUAAAACUACAGCAGAAGCAAUUUUAGCAAAAUUAGAAUUAUUUUGUACUGCUAAAGGACUUGAUUUAACUCAUUUAAUUUAUUUUGGUUCAGAUAAUGCAAGUAAUAUGACUGGAUUACAAAAUGGAUUAGGUGCAAGAUUAAAGUGCAAAAAUCCUUUUAUUUUAGCUAAUCACUAUAUUUCUUAUUAUCUUUAUUUAGCUACAGAGAAUGCAUCAAAAGAUGAUAUUAAAGAAGUAUUUAAUAGAGAAUCUACUACUACUGCACUAUAUUUAUAUGAUACAAUAGACCAAGAUUUUUUUCUUGUUACAUAUUUUUUAGCAGAUUUGUUUUAUAUUUUACAUAAAGUAAUUAAUAUAUUCCAAUCAAAUUAUGUUUCACUUGGUGAAAUCAAAGCUCAACUAUCUAUGGCUAUUGAAAGUAUUACAACAGAGUUUAUUGGUUUACCAGAAAAUCUACCACAACUUGGCACACAACUUCUUAAUUAUAUGACUGCUAAUAGAAUAUCAACAUCUGAACUUUCAUUAUUUGUAGUACUAUAUGCAACAAAUAUAAUUACAACUUUAAAUAAUUUUGGAAAAGAUGAAAUUGUAUUUUUAGGCAACUACUAUGAUAAAAAAAUUGAAAGUGAAUAUGCUAUUAUUGCAUUAAUAGUUCCUCAAUCAAAUAGUUAUGUUGGAUGUGUAUUUUCUCACCAAAAUAUGAUUAAAACCAAGUUAAGAAACCAAAUGGCAAUUCCUACACUUAAUAAUCAUUUGCUAAUUUCUUUUAAUGGACCUUCACUUGAAAAUUUUGAUUUAGAACAAGCAUAUAAAUAUUGGGCUUCAAAAGAAAGAAUGGUUUUAUAA